GCGGCCUGAUAAAUAAUUACAAAGCUAUACAAUAUUAUUCAGGGGCGUAAACUGUGCUAAAAUUCUAUUUUACCAUGAGAGUACAUACGUGUAACAUAUUUUUUUUGACAUAGAUAGAUAAUAAUAACAUGACCGAUUAAUAGAAAAUAUAGAUAACAUAUAACAAUAAUACAUGAAUGACAGUUCUUUCAAUCAGCUGUUUCAGUAUGAUUCUCCAGUAAUUAAUUGUUUCUAAUCAAAUUCCAAAAAAAGGAUGGUCGAAGACAUUAGAGUUAAGGAGCAGUGGCAACUACUCCAAAAUCUCAGAUCCACUGUAGAAGGAUUAUUAAAUAAUGGAUUGUCAAAUGUAUGGAAUGUUUAUGGAGGUCUUAAUCGAUUACAUAAUAUAAUGGAACAAAUAUUUAAACAUGGAUGUAGAAUUUUUGAUCCUACUGGUGAACCCGAUUGUUGGAUUUUUAUUCAGGGAUUAAACUGGCUUCAACCGUCAUUAGCGACAUCACCAAUUAUUCGAGAAUGUGAUGAUUAUUUUAUUAAUUUACCAAUUAGAAUUGCUUCUCGGAAAGAUAUGUUGUGGCUCUAUACAAGUUUAGAAAAUCACUCGCUCUCACAAAAAUUAUCAUGGCUUUUAUCCGAUAAGGAGCAUUUACUCUCUUGUUUGGAACCCUGGGCAUUUUUAUGUCAAGAAACAUUAGCCGAAGCAACUCUCAUAUGUUUAAAAGCAGUUGAAAAAAAUCAACCUGUUCUCUUGACUGACAUUGAUCCUUGUUUGUUUCUACCAAAUUGGAAAUGCGGUAAAGACAGUCCCAAGAAAUUUCAUCGUCGUUCUUCUUCAUAUCCAGUGAAUUUACGCAGUUCAUUAAAGGAAAUAUCAUUUAAAACAUCGGAUGAAGUUUGUAAAAAAUGUAAUACUCCUCACAUACCAAUAGCGUCUCAAAAUUUCAUCACUGAUUUAAAAAAGAAUCUCUCCAUUGAAAAAAUAAAACCCACAGAGGAAGAAAAAGAAGAAGAAAUGAAAUUAAGACGACGAUCAUUUCUAAGGACAUGGAAUAGUUAUCCUGAAUUAAGAGAAAAAUUUGACACAUUCGAGGGAAGAAGUACAUCAACAGAAAAUUUAACUUUUAUAAAUAAAACAGAAAAAAAAUUAAAUCAAUCAAUUCAAAAAAUUGAAUUGGCAUCUGUCAUUAAAAUUGAAUAUUUUGAAGCUAAAGAUGCAAUUAUACCAUCAGAGAGAAAAGCAACAAAACAAAAAAAAAUUUCGCGAAAAAGUCGAAGUAAAACAAAAAUUCAUUUAAAUUCACCCAUAACAAAAAAAUACAAUAGUGGAAGUUCGGAUACAUUGAAUUAUGAAGAGAAUACAAAACCCGUUACAAGUGAAAGUUUUUCUUUCAAUCGACAGUCAAGUGUUGAAUCAUCAUCUGUUACAGAUUCGAUAAAAAUAGAAAUUUCCAAUUCUUCAAAAAGAAAAUCCUCCUUUUUAGCUGGUUCAGGACCAGAAUUUAUGACACCAUGGAGUUUAAAGAUUGAGGGUCAAAAGGAUAUUAGAACACCGAAAAAGAGUUUUAUGGAAGAUGGUGGCAGUAGUGUUCAACCAAUGGCAACGGGAUAUUUUCCACAACCUUUAGAGGGACAAAGUAUUAUGAGUUUUCUUUCAUCUGCACAAUUUUCAAGAGCAAACGCCGAAUUGGAUAGAGAAAAUGCUCACUUCAGUAUUUCUGAAGCAAUGAUUUCUGCCAUCGAACAAGUUAAAUGUAAUCGACAAUUAAAUUUAUUUGAGGAAACUAUCGAUGAAAGUGACGAAGAAAUAAAUCAUUUGAAACAAAGAAUUCGUUUUAGACGCCGACAAAGGCAGGAGGAGAAAAGAAAAGUUGGAGUGUGGAUUCGAGAUCUUUUAAGUGACGGAAAAACUGACACAACUACUACAGAUCAAAGUGUUAGUCCUUUGUCUUCUUCUUCUGAAUCUCAGUCAGACAGUAUUUUUUCGGAUGAUGCGGUAUUUCCGUCUUCUGGAAUGUAUGAGUCAACAGCUUCUUUGUCCUCGGAAAUUGACUAUUUUAGAUCGUCUUCGAGACACGGUACGGAAUCGAAUUUAACUGAUAGUAUAAUAUCAGCUGAAGGUGUGGCCUUAUCUCUAAUUAGUAGGUUUAGUGAAAAACAAUUACCCAGGGCAAGUGAACUCAAAUGGCUUGUUUCUGAACAAGAUGCUCCUCAACAGUUGUUACCGUUACCGAAAAAUUGGUCCAUGAGUUUAGAUGAACUAAAAGUGAGUGAUUCGUGUCAAACGAUUCCACUUCGAGGUACUAUAGAAUGGGCUCCUCCGAGGCCUCAGAUUAUUUUCACGCCACAUCCACCACCAAAAAAGAAAACAUCGAUAUUAAAGCAAAAUUAUAGAUGUGCUGGAUGUGGAAUGAAAGUUGCAGUUGAGUAUGCGAAUAAAUUUCGUUAUUGUGAAUAUUUAGGAAGAUAUUUUUGUACCGGUUGCCAUACAAAUCAAGUGUCAAUGAUACCCGGAAAAAUUCUUUAUAAAUGGGAUUUCUGCAGAUAUCCAGUUUCGAAUUUUUCAUACAGACUUUUGGAUCAAAUGACAAUGGAUCCUCUAUUUCAAGUCAACGAUUUAAAUCCCCUAUUGUACAGACGUGUCAAGCAUUUGGAACGCACGAGGAUACUUCGAACUCAAUUAUUUUUCUUUAAAGAUUUCCUUUUUAAUUGUCGUUUUGCUACAAGUUUACAGGAAGCGCUGAGGAAAGAACCAAAGCAUUUGUUGAAUGAUCCUCACAUUUAUUCAAUACAAGAUUUGAUACAAGUGAAACUUGGCGUUCUUCCUGGUGAAUUGCACAAGUUAAUAGAAGACUGUUAUGCACACGUAGCAGAAUGCAUGUUAUGUCAAGCUCGUGGUUUCAUGUGCGAAAUAUGCAAGGAAAACUCGAAGGAUGUGAUUUAUCCUUGGGAAUUAAAUAAAGUGAUAAGAUGUGAAGCUUGUGGUGCGUGUUUUCAUAUUCAUUGUAGAAACAAUUCAAGCACCAAAGAAUGUCCAAGAUGCGUGCGAAUGCAGGCAAGACAAUUAUCUAAAGAUCCACUUUGACCCAGGCUAUAUUUAUACAGCAAUUUACGUAUUAUUUAAAUUGCUUUAUUUAUUAUGUAACAUUGCAAAGACAAUUUGCAAAUUAUCUAUUAUUAUUUAAUGCAUUUUGACUCUUUAAUUUAUCAAACUACAUAUAGAGAUGAAUGUUCAUCGAAUGUAAUCAAAAUUAAUUAGUUUGAAAUAUUUCAAAUUUAUUGAAUCUUUUUUUUUAUACUUAUAAUUUAUAUAGUAUUGAUGCAUAUUUAUAUAGUGUUAAUUAUAUGAAUCUCAAUAAUUAAUGAUCAAAUGACAAAUAUCUACAUUUAGAGACUGUAUAUUUAUCUAGUUAGAUAAUAUUUAUUUAAAGAAUUAUAUUUCAUUAAAUUCUAAUUUAGCUUUAAUGGUAAAUGUUCACCACAAUUGAUAUAAGCAAAAAAAAUUACUAAAUGUAUUAGGAAAAAAGCAGGACGCACUUUUUAAAUGGUUGUAUUCAGCCAUAGGUUUAUGCUUUAAUUACAAUUUAUCUUGUAAAAAAAAACAAAAAAUUAGGCACAUUGUGUACAAAUUUUUAUAUUUCAGAGAGACUGAAAAAAGGAGGUCUUAUUGAAAAGCCUUGAAUCUGUUAACUUUUCUAAUUUUCUAAAAAGAAAAAACAAUGAAGAUAUUUAUUAAACAUUUUUGUAGAAUUAGUGCCAUGUUAUUAGACAGUGUCUCAAAGAUAUUUAUAUAUGAGAAAAAAAACUAUUCAUUGUUAGAGACAAUUCAUUGUUUUUUUAAAAAUAAAAUUGAAAAAGUAUUAUAUUCUAAAAAUAUGAGAUACAAAAAAUGUUUACGUUAUAAAAAUAUAUUUCUGCGUUAUAAUGUAAUAUGAAUUUUCUUUAGCUUCAAUUUAAUAAAAAUAUGCUUUUCUAUUUAUAAGGAAAUAAAUAACAAUAUUUUUUCAAUUAAUACUUGUUAUUUAUUUUUUUAAGACCUAAAAAAGUGAGGUGAGUUUUUAAUUUGUUUUAAAACUUCAGAAAGUUAAUUAAUUAAUAAAAAAGUGAAAUUUUUAAAAGUAUUGGGGGAAAUUAACACACAAGUUGUUUUAAUUUUUAUGAUUUAUUAAUUAAAUCAUGUCGAUAAGGACCACAUACACACGCACACUUUAAAAUAAUAGAUAUUACAAUUACUGUCGAUAUAAAAGUACGCAAUAACAUUGUAAAUAUGUACACCAAAUAAUUUUAUCAAAAGAAAAAAGAAAAAAUAGCAAUGAACUUAUUUAUAUUCAUGUCUUUUUUUUCAUCAAAUCUCGUAAUGUGUAAGGAAUAAUGUAUAUACAUGUAGUCACAGAUUCGAUCUGUAUUUACAACUCUGAAAUAAUCCCGGCGCUUUUCCUUUUUUUUAAUCUUUAGAAUAAAAUUUAACUUGCUCCUCAAACAAGUUACAUAUUUAAAAAAGAAAGAAUUAAUUUCUAUAAAAUUUAAUACCUAAACUCGUAUUGAUCUAGCAUAUUAUAAAUUUUCAAAUUUAUUUUAUUGUAUUAAAUGAAUUUUUCAUAAACUAAUUUAAGAAAUUAAAUUUUGAAAAUAUCUCGGAAAGGGAAGUAAAAUCCUAUCACAAGAAUCUGCAGUCAAAUAUCAGUCUAUUUCAUUAAAUAAUUAGAAUACAUUUUAAUGUGAACUGGUACUAGACUACCUUAAUUUUUGUUUUUCCUAAUCAAGAAUAGUUAAUCAAAUGAUUAAUAUUACACUCAAGAUAUUACAUGUAAAAAAAAAGAACGUCUUGCUCGUGAUUUUUUCAUAUUCACCGUUAUCAGUCUGUAUAUAAAGUGCAACAAAAAUGCAUAACAAUGCGCCACACUUGUAAUCUAAAACGGCAAUUUUCAUGUCUCAUUUUUUUUUUACUGUUCUUUAUUUUAUAAUAAUAGACUAUCAUUUGAAAAGAUUUCAAUAAUAAUAAAUUUAGUACCUCGAUUUCACUUCAUGCAUAUAUUUCAAUAAAUUCGCGAAUGGAUAGAUAACGGUGACAAAUUAUAAUUAUAAUUAAAAAAAAGUGUGUAAAAUAACAAAAAAAAAAAAAAAAAAAAAAAAAGAUAAA